GCGAAACCCUCACUCGCACCCCAGUACCCGGUGAGCCAAGGACGAGACUCCUUCCCGAUAGCGGAGGACGAGCGGGAUCUGCGGAUCGUCAGGACGUCGUGUUGCAUCUCUCGCCGGAUUUUUUUUCGUGAACGCGAACCGUGAGCCGAGCGGGCGCAUCGCUAGGCAAUGAGGUCCUGGUUGCUGUGGCUGUCUCUUCUGUUGGUCGUUCUGGCCGACAGAAGCUUCGCCAAUCCUUACUUCGACGAAGGUGAAGAUGUAGGCGAUCUUCAGGGUGGCGACUCCUCGGAUUAUACAGACAAUGCUUUGGAGAAUCUGAUGCGAGCGGCACAAAAACGUACCUCGUCGAUAUUGUACAGGCGAUACCUGUACAGGCGGGCUUGCAUAAGGCGUGGCGGCAACUGCGACCACCGGCCGAAGGACUGCUGCUACAGCUCCAGCUGCCGCUGCAAUCUCUGGGGCUCCAAUUGCCAGUGUCAACGGAUGGGUCUCUUCCAGAAGUGGGGCUAAACGAUUUCCUCCUCCUCCCCCGCUCCGUCUUCCUACGCCCGCGUCACCUGUCCCAUCUUUCUUUUUUUUUUUGCGUCCUUCGUUUGUUUUUAUUACACCUCCGGAGAGACUAUCCCAAUGACGAUAUCCUCCUCGAGCACGCUCGAACGUUCCUUCUGUAUUACUUCGCCCACCCGAUGUAUAUUUGUCCCGUGGGAAUAAUUCCAACGUCUUCACAACGCUUGCGAUCUGCAUUUUCGAUUAAAACGAAGGCCUCGAUGAAUACGCUUUGACAUCAUUUAUUCGCGUGUUUUUUUAAUCCUUUUUCGUAGAGAGAAAAACAGAGAGACACAUAAGAGAUUUUUUAAGCUUGCGAUAUCACGAUUGGCAGAAGGCGAUAGCCCGCGAAAUAUCACGCUCGGAAACCUCUUGCACGUUCUUCCACGAUAUUUCCUACUUCCAGUCUCUCGAUACAGUCUUUCACAACUACCUCUCACGCGAUAUUCGAUGCUUGGGAUCCGCUGCGCCGACCAAUCUCGCUUAAUGAUUCCCGGUCCUUCUCUAGCUCUGAUUACGCUCUGUGUAAGCGAAAUGUUCAAUUAAUUAGCGAUGGUCAACCACGGUGCAGUCGGCCCUUAUCGAGAUUCUUAUCGGAAAUCGCGAUUCUUGUGGGAAUUAUUACAUUAAACGUAAUAUCGCGUUUCAUCCGACAUUAUCUUUAUUUUUGUCAUUCUCGUUUUUUAUUUAAUAAAGAAAAACAAUCUGUUCCUUGAAUCCCUCCUUGAGUUUCCCGUCGUUUCAUCUUCGUCAAUGAAGGUCAUCGUCGAAAUCGGAGCCGAAAGUGACGAACGAACUGCGCUCAAAGGACCUCGACUCGCAACCGAUCGAUCGAUCCCAUCAGCUGCAGCUGCCUCGUCGGAUUUCCCGGAUGAGACGCGCGAAGAAUGCAGCCAUGAGGAUGUAUUGUAGCAGUAUUGUUUCAAAUUUUAUCACUUUCUCUAACUGCUAGCAAAAUAAGUUACGAAUAGUGUCCAAUAAAAUUGCAAAGUAUGUACGAAACAUCUUGUUCAUUGAAACACGAGUUUCUUUAUUUAAUUCUCGAGUUCAAAAGUUGAGUUUAAUUCUUCAGUUUAAAACUACGUAAAAUAUAUGGGAAUGCAAUAAAACUGGAAAUUGCGUUUACUUCAUGCCGACAAUCUUCUUCGAGAACUCGUUAUCCGACCCCUAAAUAUAUUUAGAAAAAUAAAACGUUGAAAUUUAACAAAAUAAAUAUAUGUGAGAGUUAAUUAUAUCUUUAUUGAUGAAACUUUCGACAUAGUCAGUCGCGAUUCUCGCGCGUCACAUUGCUCCUUUCGACGACCCUCUUUUGGAUCUUCAAGAAAUUAUCCAUGGAGAAUCUAUAGCUUGACUCCCGCUCGACUAACAACCUGGGAAAUCUCGUCGCAACAUCUGCUGCGAGAAAUGCGAUCCCUCCGACGAGUCAAGCUCGGUUCUCGCGUCUUUGUGACUUCGCAAUCCUUCUGCGACGGGACGAAAAAUUGGAGAAGAUUGGCGAACAAGUUCGCGAUAAAUUGUAGGAAUUACCGUCCUUUGAUUGGAGAUAUCUCUCCGGCCACUUUCGCCAAUCAGAUCGCCGGUAUUCCUCGGUCGUCACUCCGUCGAGGAUGAUUGCGAAUAAUCGAUAGAAUAAUUAUGAUCAAUGUGAUGAAAUGGAUUCUCUUCCGAUGAAGUAUUGAUACGGCGAUUGAGAGGACGUGAAAUUAUAGUACGGUCGCCGGCAGAAAUUGAUAAUUAAUAUGUAUAUGUGUCUAAAAUGUCGGCGAUCCAUCUGUGAACGCAUACCUUCACGGUAUACAUUAGAUACAGACGGCCCGCAAUUUACAUUUCUCCAUACCGCCUCUUAAUCUUUAAACUACCUACAUGUACGCAUAUGAAUUAUAAAAUAAAUAUUACAAUAAUAGAUGUUAUGAAUUGUAUCCGAAGGUGGAUGUACACACGUACCGAUAUAUCAUGGAAAUAUAAUAUAUAUUAUAUAUGUACA